UGCACUGCGCUUCCUCCUCCGCAGGCAGAGGGUCGGGUGUAAUGGCCGGAUGAGGAGCUCAGUGCAGUAACACGGCGCUUUACUCUCUGUGUUUCACUGCGCUGCUGAUCGCCGCGUUUCUCUCACUGCGUUUAACGCGGGUUUAUUCUCCCGAGGAAGGAGCAGCAGCUGAUAUGUCCUGAUAAAUAAACACACCUCACAGAGUUUAAUGGAAGACUUUAAAAAUACAGAAGAUCAGAGUACUCCGGUUUCUCAUGAGGACACAAAACAGAUACUUAAAGAGUCGACCACAUCUGCCCCCUUCAACUGCGUGACACUGCGCUCUAGUUCCACUCCAUCCUUGUCCCCUUAUCCUGCCUGGGGCCCUAUAGUGCUCCCUGCAAGUGAUAAUAAUAAUGCAAAGCAAACCACUGUGGCAAAUGGACAGGUGCCCCCUGCAGUGUCUGUGUGGCACAUGUCCCGUGAAGUGCCACCUCGUUUCCGUAACCAUCAGGAGCCUAAAAUUCUGCUGAAGAGAGGCCAGUCUCUAGAUGGAAUUUCACCAUUCCUCCACACAGGGGAUCAGUCGAAUGCAAACACUACACAACGCUCAGCGUCUUUAACUUAUGCAAAUUCCACAUGCGGCCCCGGCUCCGGAGCACCGCUGCUGUCUCAGGGAAUGGAUAAGAUUGUAGUGGACGGCUCUGACCUGCAGGCAUGGCCCAGUAUUGUGGACAGCAGAAGGCAGAACGAGUCCCUAAGCAAAGCUUCAUGGGAAUGCAAACAAGGCAUGCAAAAGAACAAGACAGAACAGGUGGAGCUCGGCGUCACUGCAGAUGGAAGCAACUCAGAGUCAGUCUCCCCUUCCUCCUGUGAAACUGCCUUGAAUUCGGCAGAUGGAGAAAGCAUGCAGCAGAAGAUACAACGCCAGGAUGGAGGCCAAUUUGAGGACAACAGGGUGGAAAAAGAAGUAGGACCAAAACAAGCAGAAACUGAUAUUGCUGAUGACUGCAAAGGGUUAAAUGAGGCAGUACAACUUCCUACUUUCAGUUCAAAUCUAGAAGCCUUAAAUCCUGAUACAUGUCAUAGUAGGGGAAGUGGAGAACUGCUGGAGACUGGAGAAAUGUGGGGAACAUCUGGGGAACGCCAAGUGGGAUGGAAAGUCACUGGAAAUGAUGGAGUCAGCCAUGAGGUAUCGCAGACAGUCUGGGAUGAAGAAAGAAGUGGUCUAAAAAAGCAGGCAGCUACAAUUAAGCGGAGUGACGUGCCAAAAGAAGGCAUGAGCGGACUUGUAAAAGAAAGCUCUUCAGGUUGUUUACAAGACACUCAAAUGAUUGCAACCAACACAACAACAACAGAUAGUGAGAAAAGGAUGAAUGAAAGAGAAUGGGAGGGAUCAGAGUGUGAGUCUGCUGGCCACGGAAGUAGUGAAGAUGGGACUUGGUCUCUCAACAACUCCAGAGCUCAAGCCUCAUGCACUGAAGUGACCUUACAGAGCAUGCUCAGUCGAAGUGAUCUGGAUCCCAGAGUACUUUGUAACACUGGCUGGGGGCAGACCAAGAUCAAGCAGAGCAUAGCCUGGGAUUUGGAGGUGGACAGUAGCUCUGAAUCAGGUCGAGACUGGACUGGGCCUGCUCAGAUUGAUAUAAACAGCCCCAGCUGUGCUCAGUGGUCCAGGGAUUUACAGGGCCAGGUGAAGGGGGCCAGGAGCCAGGGGGCAUGGAGCAAAGGGGGUCAAAGUGAGGAGAAAAUAGAUAGUAAACAGGGCGCUCUACUGACAGGGAGAGGAAACAGCUGGGUGGAGGCUGUUGAGGAUGAGCAGGUAGGAAGGUGGGAUGGGAAUAGGAGAGAUGGUGGGCAGCGGAGAGAAGGGGACAGGGGCAGUUGGGGCUUAGGAGACACUCAGUGGGGGGAAAACAAGGGUAGAGCUGGACAAGGUGAGAAAUCAUGGGCUGACUCUGAGAAUGAGGGAUGGAGAAGCAAACAGCACCAGGGAUGGGGGGACAACCACCAACCGCAACAUAUACCAAACAAUCAGACAGCACUGAAAGGCCCAAAUCAGCAGCAACUGCAGCAAUCUCAGUCCCAACUUACUCAACCAAGAGGCUCACAGGAGUCCAGGGAUCCACCCGCAGGCCCAGUGGCACUGAACCAAAGCUCAGGAUGGAAGCCCGGUCCAAUCCCACACACGUCUUCAGCCACUGAGCCAAGUGGUUGGGAAGAGCCCUCACCCCAGUCCAUUAGCAGGAAGAUGGAGAUUGACGAUGGUACAUCGGCCUGGGGUGACCCUGCUCACUAUGACAACAGGAGUGUCAACAUGUGGGACAAGAGCAACCUGCAGCAGAGGGGUCAGCCAUCUCAACAACAGCAUGAGUCCAUGCCAGCCACCAUCCUGCCCAGCAGAGACAAAAACACAGCGUGGGAACGGAGUGCUGGUGCUUCUGAACAGGUCAUGGACAACAGCACAGCAGGCUGGGGGAAGGCCUUUGAUGCUCCCUCAGGCUGGAGGGAUCCAGAGGAAUCUGGGAAGGGGACAGGAUGGGGCGGCUCCCGCUCCAAUCCAGCCAAGACUGGUUCAAAGGCUAUGCAAGAUGGCUGGGGUGAUGAAGGUUUAAACACUUCACGCCAUUCCAGUUGGGAGGAGGAAGAUAGUGGUUCUGGCAUGUGGGGUAACAGGUCUCAGGACAACACUUCUUCCUUUUCCUCUGGGGGUUGGAACCAAGGUCAGGGUGGCAGGAGAACCGGAGCAAAGGGUCCUCUGAAAGGAAACGGUGGGGGUUCCUGGACAGGUUCAAUAACUCGGCAGUUGUCAAACAUGGGAAUCACGGACGAAGAACCUGUGUCAGCAUCAGACAGGAGCAGGAGAGGGAUGAGUGACUUUAAUGGGGAGAUGAGGAGGGGAGGAAGAGGAGGAGGAAGCUUUCGCUCACACGGCUCCAAGGAACCUGGCACGACAGGUGUGUUUAAUACCAGUGGUGUUGCACAUUUAAGAGGAAUGCAUCAGCCGGGUGUGCAUCACAUAAAUCCUUCCCCUGGAGUACGAGCACAAGUGCCUCAGCAGUUCCUCCCUCCUCAGGUUUCGGGGUCCGUUCUGAAUCCGAUGUUCCCCCCACAGCUCUCCCCUCAGCACUUAGCCAUGCUCAGUGGGAUACACCCCCACAUGCAGCAGGUCCAGCUGGCUUAUCAGCUUAUCCUGCAACAGCAGCAGCAGCAGCAGCAUCAUCAUUUCCUGUCUCACAGGAAGUUCCCCCAUCCUCCUCCUCCUCCUCUGCUUCAGCAUCAGGACCCACAGCAGUUGGCCCGCAUCAUGGCUGUUCUUCAGCAGCGCCCCAAAACCCCCACAUCCUUCCCGGGCUUUGUGCCAGGGGUGGAGCCUGAGUCCGUGAUUGGUGGAGCAAAAGAAGUGGGAGGAGCUCAGCCUCAGUUUAAAUGGAUGAUGGAGGCAGGGCAUCCACUUUGCCCCUCCCCUCCCGAUCCCAUAAUGCUUAAGAAUGGUCUCUUACCAGGUCCGGUGAAGCUCCGAGGCGACUCCUCGUAUCCCCACUAUGAUCUGGUGGGGGUGGAGAAUAUGGGUGUGGCCUCUCCACAUCUAACUGACAAUUGGCAUAGAACCCCUGGAGGCAAAUUAGGCUCCACCCCUAGCACCCCCACCUGGCCACCAGAGUUUCAGCCUGGUGUUCCCUGGAAAGGUGUUCAGAGCCCCGAGCCUGACCCGAACCCCUACAGUGGAAUGCUGGGGGAGAACACACUCACUGAUACUGAACACCACUUACUGCAGGAUAACACAGAGAUGAACACCGUACUGCCUUCACCUGGUGCCUGGCCUUACUGUGCCUCCGACACACACAACUCAGCUAAAUUCCCUGCGCUGGCCACCAGCUGGCCUCCUGAGCCAAUCGGACACAGGACCAAUCGAAACAGCUCCCAGCUGCCCCGCCCCCCUCCGGGCCUGACCCAUCAGAAACAGUCUCCGUGGUUAGGGGUGGGGCCUCACAUGCCCAGAGGGUGGAGCUCAGAGAGGCAGAGUCAGGAGUCACCUUUUGGUACAGAGAGCUCAUGGAGUGGUGGAUCAUCUACAGGAAGUUCAUGGCUGCUGCUGCGCAACCUCACACCACAGAUCGAUAGCUCCACUCUAAAGACAAUUUGCCUGCAGCAUGGCCCACUGAUGACCUUUAACCUCGGCUUGGCUCAGGGCAGCGCUUUGAUUCGCUACUGCAGCCCGGACGAGGCGGCCAAGGCCCAGAGCGCACUGCACAUGUGUGUCCUGGGUAACACCACCAUCUUGGCCGAGUUUGUGAGCGAGGAGGACGUGGCCCGUCACUUCACACAUUCCCAGAGCAGAGAGACAGACGGAGACGGAGAGACAGACAGAGAGGUGGAGAGUGAGACGGGUGGAGGAGGAGAGGCGAAGCUCGGCUGGGAGAACCUGGACGGAGCCGGACUCUCUCUGUUUAACCGGUGGAGCCACAGCCGAGAGGGUGGGGUCUGGGGAGGUGUGGCAUCUGGUUACCACGGCAACAACCUAUGGGGUUCUCCUCAGGUUGAGGACAGAGGACCUGGCUUGUUGCCAGGCAACCUAUUAGGUGGUGGGACUGACACUUUGUGAUGAGAGAGAGCUGAGUGAUGAUUUAAACACACACACACACACACACACACACACAGAGAGAUGUAAGGUCAGAAUGUUUCUGUAUGAACACUGGACUGGGUUUUCUCUGUGUUCACACAGGCAGUGAUUUUAUCACCUCGCAUCUCCUGAUUCGCUGUUAUUUAGCCGCCAGUCUGAGUUUGUGACUUGACUCUACUUACGGUUGCCAUGGUUUCCCUGAAACACAUACCCGUAAUGCAGAUUUAUUCAAACAGCGAGUCUGAAGGAAUUACAGGGGGUGUGGGUGAGAGGGGUGAGCGUCUCAGCCCUGACAAACAUUACAGUUUUUGCGUAGCAGCUUCGCAUUUUAACAGUGAAUGCAAAAUAUGUCAAAAGUACAGUCGUCUUUUUCCCAUAAUAAAAUAGCCAAUGAGCCGAUCGAAACGUGAAUCCGGAAUGAUUGACAGGUGUGCGGGUGUUUUGCGUUUCCGCUUGAAAGAUGCCCUGAUGCGGCGCUCUCGCUUUCUGCCACAGUAAAUGGAGAUUUUUGAAAUAAAAUCUAUCCAUGUGUGUCUGACGUAACUAUCGUUAAAUAAGUAUAUAACGUCAGGUAAACAUACGCAUUAGAGAAGUUAGUGGAAUAUUUCAGCUGAAAUUAGUCAAAAACGGCACAGUGAUUUAAAGCGCUGUUUGAUUCGCUCUCCUGCACUGUGGCUCCAUCUACUGGAAUAUUUGUGCACGUGCACAUCACGGUUUAUGGCUCGUUAGCGAAGAGAUGUAGAAAAUGUGGUUUAGUCGUUCAUUAAACACAUUCUACUGAAAAAAUCGCUCUUACUAUGAGAAAGCAUUACAGCUUUUAUAUUUAUGCACAGAAAGCUUUAUUAACAAAAAUGUUUAUUAACAAUGAGGUUAAAAGAAUUCGAAGUAAUAUAAUUUCUUCUCAGAAACUGUUAGGACUGAGCCUCUGUAAUGCUGAGUGCACAGAGAAAUCCGUAACAUUACGAUACAUUAAAACUCACUCAUAGGAAAUGUUUAUUAAAUCACAUUAAAUCACGUAAACUACAAAAAUAUUAAUGAGAAGGACUUCAGGUACUGAUGGCCUGACUUUCAUAUUUCACUACUGAUGAAUAAUUCUGUUCUGUUCUGUUUUAUUUGUUCACAUAUAUCGUUUUAUAGUUCCAUAAAAUUUGUCAUACUUUUAUUUACCGCUCGGUUAACUAGGCUCUAGGAAAACUCCGGAAGUCUGGAAUUUAAAGGUACUUAUUUUCACACCUAAAUGUCUGGAAAUUUAGUUUUAAAAAAUAGUAUAAAUGUUACAAAGCACUAAACUAAGACAUCCUCUGUACUGGCUUCACUUUUCAUUAUUGGUCUAAUGACGGCUAAUAUUAAUUAAUUUACCUAACCCCGCCCACUUAACUCUACAGCAGUUGCUCCGCCUCUUGUCUCAUUAAAUCUGCACAACAUCUGGCCGUUUUUUUUUUUUUUGUAAUCACAUCACUGCCAGUGUGAACACAACCCUCCGUUCUCACACUGCUUUACACCCGGUGUUUAGCCCCGCCCACUGCACUUAAUCACUCUGAUUAGUUUACACUGACUCCGCCCCCCUGAAGGUGUGACCCUCAUCAUCCUGACCAGUAGUUGUGAACGUGGUGUGCUUCAUUUUGUGUGUGUGUGUGUGUGUGUGUGUGUGUGUGUGUGUGUGUGUGUGUGUGUGUGUGUGUGAGAGAGAGAGCGAGAGAGAGGGCCUGCGUUUAUAGUUAAUAUGCAUGUGUGCACUUUACUGUCGUGUGUGUGGCUGCUUUACGAGAGUGUAUGUUGUGACCUGUAUGUACUAUGUACUCUACACACUGCUGUUUUCUGCUACAUGCUGUGUGUGUGUGUGUGUGUGUGUGUGUUUAGUGUACAUUCAUGUAGCCUUUUUUAAUCUGCAAUAAGAGCAUUUUAAAUACACAACUGUGUGACAGCAUUUUUCUGUGGUUCACACAUGUAUUUAAACAGAGGUGAUGUAACUGUUUAUGUAUAUCUUUGUGUGUGUGUGUGUGUGUGUGUGUAUCCUGUAUGGAGUUUUUACAGAAGAGUUAUUUAAUAAUAGACACACAUACAGUGGUGUAAUAAACACUGAGACUUUUGCUUGAAAUUGUUCUGGUGUUGUGAGUCUAUAAUGAAACGUAGAUGCACUGAAACGGAGAACACACACGUGCUGUAUUUCCCCGUCUGUAUCCUUCAGUUACGGCCUGAAUGCCGCUGUCUUGUGCUCAUGAAAAAGCGUAAUGUUCACAUUUUUACAUCAUGUACCUUUUUUUUUUUUACACUGUAUUAUUCUUACCAGCGUGCUGCUCAUGAAGACAAAACGCAUUUCAGGUCAGAGUCAGUGUGCUCCUGAGCACAAACACCUCCUAAGUCGUACACUAUAUGGACAAAAGUAUUGGGACACCUGACCAUCACACUCAUAUGUGCUUUUUGAACGUCCUAUUCCAGAUUUAUUCCUGUGUGUUUGCUGUUAUAAUGAGCUCCACUCUUCUGGGAAGCUUUCCACUAGAUGUUGGAGCGUGGCUGUGGGGAUUUGUGAUCAUUCAGCUACAAGAGCAUUAGUGAGGUCAGGCGCUGAUGUUGGGAUGUCGAGGAGGUCUGGGGUUCAGUCGGUGUUCCAGUUCAUCCCAAAGGUGUUCAGUGGGGUUGAGGUCAGGGCUCUGUGCAGGACACUCGAGUUCUUCCACUCCAACCUUCACACACCAUGUCUUCAUGGAGCUCGCUUUGUGCACAGGGGCAUUGUCAUGCUGGAACAGGUUUGAGCCUCUUAGUUCCAGUGAAAGGAAACUGCAAUACUACAGCAAAAAAAGACGUUCUAUACAAUUGUGUGCUUCCAACUUUGUGGCAACAGUUCGGGGAAGAAUCACAUAUGGGUGUGAUGGUCGGGGUGCACAUACUUUUGGCCAUAUAGUGUAUCUGCCCAGUGGCUGUGUGGUGCUCCUGUUCCACUGAUGGACCAGGUGGAGGGGUGCCAAUACUUUGUGCAGAGCACCAACUGGAAUACAGUCAGUAAUUACACACUGAAGAUUUUUACUAAUAUAACCUUUAUUUUCUGUGUUCAUGAAAACAGGUCUAUAAAGUUAGAAAUAUUUGAACCCAUAGCAGAUGAGAGUCUAUUACAGUGUAGACUGCAUGGAGAAAACAGGACAUGGCUGAGGUAUAAAAGUAGAGAAGCAUCAGGAAGGAAGAAACCGGAGCAUUACUGACCGUCACACACCAGAAGAGCACUGAGGAAAACCGCUCUCAAAUGUACUUAAGCUCGAUAGCACUAAUACAGAGUAAUUUACUCCAGAAUUAUUGGCACCCUUCAAGAAAAUGUAGAAAAUGAUUGCGUGGACCAUUUGAGCCGUAGUGUACAGCGUGAACUUAAACCUUCUACACCUCAGUCUUCAACAGGCUUGGGAUGAUUAUCGAUAGUAUCAGGAAUAGGCAAAAGAUAACUCAAAUCGGACGAUUUAAACGUCUGUUCAAAGUCUACAAAAAUAAAGUGUGUUGUGUUUUGUAAUA